CUCAAUCAUUGCAAAGGAGUGCAACGCAAUGAAUCGUCAGAAACACUUACUGACUGCUGAAACAACAAAAGGGAUUACAAAAGGUUAAUGUCUGAUCUGAAGGAUGUGGCGCACAAUGAUGAUGUCAGAGGGUUUGCUGUUGUUCCUGUCCAUACAGGCUGUUGGCGGAGUCACCUCAGCAGAUUCUGCUCUGAGAUUGGUCAACGGUUACCCUGACAACGCCUGCUCUGGCAGAGUGGAGAUCUAUCACCAGGGCCUGUGGGGAACGGUGUGUGAUGACUUCUGGGAGUUGUCGGACGCCCAGGUGGUGUGCAGGCAGCUGGGCUGUGGCCACGCGGUGUUUCCCAUCACCCAAGGUAAGUUUGGCCAGGGCCGUGGGCCCAUCUGGCUGGACGAUGUGUCGUGCUCAGGGUCGGAGUCCUCCCUGGCAGAGUGUCGUCACCAAGUCUUCGGCGCCCACAACUGCUGGCACGGUGAAGAUGCCGGGGUGGUCUGUGAGGCCAGUGCUCCUCUGAGAUUGGUCAACGGUUACCCUGACAACGCCUGCUCUGGCAGAGUGGAGAUCUACCACCAGGACCAGUGGGGGACGGUGUGUGAUGACAUCUGGAGUCUGAGCCAUGCCCGGGUGGUGUGCAGACAGCUGGGCUGUGGCCGUGCCCUCUCUGCCCCCACCAGUUCCAGCUUCAACGAGGGCAGCGGGCCCAUCUGGCUGGACGGCGUGGGGUGCUCGGGGUGGGAGUCCUCCCUGAUGGAUUGCCGUCACCAGGGCUUUGGACCCCACAACUGUACCCAUCAUGAAGACGCAGGGGUGGUCUGUGAGGUGGGCCAAGUGGUCUCCAUCUUCACAACAACAUCUCCCACUACUGGCAACAGUGACCCCGUCACCCCCACCCUGGAGCCCUCCAACUCCACCCCCAGGGAAGCGGAUGUGCGUUUGGGUGGGGGGAACAGUGCCUGCUCUGGCAGAGUGGAGCUCUACCACCGGGGCCAGUGGGGGACGGUGUGUGACGACAUCUGGAGUCUGAGCCAUGCCCAGGUGGUGUGCAGACAGCUGGGCUGUGGCCGUGCCCUCUCUGCCCCCACCAUGUCCAGCUUCGGCCAGGGCAGCGGGCCCAUCUGGAUGGACGAUGUCAGGUGCUCUGGGUCUGAGUCCUUACUGAUAGACUGCAGCCAUCGGGGCUUCGGCUCCCAUGACUGUAGUCAUGGUGAAGAGGCUGGAAUCGUCUGUGAGGUUGGUCCAGUGGUCACCACGUUUCCUGGCCCCACCACCACCUCCAGAUCCAGCACAUCUCCCUCCACCUCCACAUCCACACCCAGCACAUCCACCUCCACACCCAGCACAUCCACCUCCACACCCAGCACAUCCACCUCCACACCCAGCACAUCCACCUCCACACCCAGCACAUCCACCUCCACACCCAGCACAUCUCCCUCCACCUCCUUACCCAACACAUCUCCCUCCACAUCCAUACCCAGCACAUCUCACUCCACACCCAGCACACCUCCCUCCACCUCCUUACCCAGCACACCUCCCUCCACCUCCUUACCCAGCACAUCUCCCUCCACCUCCUUACCCAGCACAUCUCCCUCCACCUCCUUACCCAGCACAUCUCCCUCCACAUCCAUACCCAGCACAUCUCACUCCACAUCCAUACCCAGCACAUCUCACUCCACCUCCAUACCCAGCACACCUCCCUCCACCUCCUUACCCAGCACACCUCCCUCCACCUCUUUACCCAGCACAUCUCCCUCCACCUCCUUACCCAGCACAUCUCUCUCCACCUCCACACCCAGCACAUCUCCCUCCACCUCCUUACCCAGCACAUCUCUCUCCACCUCCACACCCAGCACAUCUCCCUCCACCUUACCCAGCACAUCUCCCUCCACCUUACCCAGCACAUCUCCCUCCACCUCCUUACCCAGCACAUCUCCCUCCACCUCCUUACCCAGCACAUCUCCCUCCACCUCCAUAACCAGCACAUCUCCCUCCACCUCCUUACCCAGCACAUCUCCCUCCACCUCCAUACCCAGCACAUCUCCCUCCACCUCCAUACCCAGCACAUCUCCCUCCACCUCCAGACCCAGCACAUCUCCCUCCACAUCCUUACCCAGCACAUUUCCCUCCACCUCCACACCCAGCACAUCUCCCUCCACCUCCUUACCCAGCACAUCUCCCUCCACCUCCAGACCCAGCACAUCUCACUCCACCUCCAGACCCAGCACAUCUCCCUCCACCUCCUUACCCAGCACAUCUCCCUCCACCUCCAGACCCAGCACAUCUCCCUCCACCUCCAUACCCAGCACACCUCCCUCCACCUCCACCACAUCUUUCUCUACCUCCACACCCAGCACAUCCUUUUCCACCUCCACUUCUGCCACAUCCACCUCUAUACCUAUAACUAAUCCAGACACCUCCACCUCCAGAUUAAUCUCUUCUCCUGACACCUCCACCUCCAUCUCUACAUCCACCUAUAAGCUCAGCAGUUUUCCACGCACCUCAAUACCCAGUUUUCCUUCCUCUACCUUAAGCUCUACAUCCACUUCAUUAUCCAACACUCCCUCUACCACCUCCACACCCACUUCUCUUCCCAUCACCUCCACAGCCACUUCUCCUCCCAUCUCCUCGACACCCACCUCUCCUCCCAUCACCUCCAAACCCACCUCUCUUCCCAUCACCUCCACCCCCACCUCUCCUCCCAUCACCUCCACACCCACCUCUCCUCCCAUCUCCUCCACACCCACCUCUCCUCCCAUCACCUCCACACCCAGCUCUCCUCCCAUCACCUCCACACCCACCUCUCUUCCCAUCACCUCCACACCCAGCUCUCCUCCCAUCUCCUCCACACCCACCUCUCUUCCCAUCACAUCCAUAGCCACCUCUCUUCCCAUCACCUCCACAGCCACCUCUCCUCCCAUCAUCUCCACACCCAACUCUCCUCCCAAGACCUCCACACCCACCUCUCCUCCCAUCCCCUCCACACCCACCUCUCCUCCCAACACCUCCACACCCACUUCUCCUCCCAUCACCUCCACACCCACCUUUCUUCCCAUCACUUCCACACCCACCUCUCCUCCCAUCACCUCCACACCCACCUCUCCUCCCAUCACCUCCACACCCACCUCUCUUCCCAUCACCUCCACAGCCACCUCUCUUCCCAUCACCUCCAUAGCCACCUCUCCUCCAAAGACCUCCACACCCACCUCUCCUCCCAUCACCUCCAUAGCCACCUCUCCUCCCAACACCUCCACACCCACCUCUCCUCCCAUCACCUCCACACCCACCUCUCCUCCCAACACCUCCACACCCACCUCUCCUCCCAACACCUCCACAGCCACCUCUCUUCCCAUCACCUCCAUAGCCACCUCUACUCCCAACACCUCCACACCCACCUCUCCUCCCAUCACCUCCAUAGCCACCUCUCCUCCCAACACCUCCACACCCACCUCUCCUCCCAUCACCUCCAUAGCCACCUCUCCUCCCAACACCUCCACACCCACCUCUCCUCCCAUAACCUCCACAGCCAACUCUCCUCCCAUAACCUCCACAGCCAACUCUCCUUCCAUCACCUCCACACCCACCUCUCCUCCCAACACCUCCACACCCAACACCUCCACACCCACCUCUCCUCCCAUCACCUCCACACCCACCUCUCCUCCCAUCACCUCCACACCCAACUCUCCUCCCAAGACCUCUAAACCCACCUCUCCUUCCAUCACCUCCAAACCCACCUCUCCUUCCAUCACCUCCACACCCACCUCUCCUCCCAACACCUCCACACCCACCUCUCCUUCCAUCACCUCCACACCCACCUCUCCUCCCAACACCUCCACACCCACCUCUCCUCCCAUCACCUCCACACCCAACUCUCCUCCCAAGACCUCCACACCCACCUCUCCUUCCAUCACCUCCACACCCACCUCUCCUCCCAACACCUCCACACCCACAUCUCCUCCCAACACCUCCACACCCACCUCUCCUUCCAUCACCUCUACACCCACAUCUCCUCCCAACACCCCCACACCCACAUCUCCUCCCAUAACCUCCACACCCAACUCUCCUCCCAAGACCUCCACACCCAACUCUCCUCCCAACACCUCCACACCCACAUCUCCUCCCAUAACCUCCACACCCAACUCUCCUCCCAAGACCUCCACACCCACCUCUCCUCCCAUCUCCUCGACACCCACCUCUCCUCCCAUCACCUCCACAGCCACUACUCCUCCCAUCUCCUCGACACCCACCUCUCCUCCCGUCACCUCCAAACCCACCUCACUUCCCAUCACCUCCACCCCCACCUCUCCUCCCAUCACCUCUACUCCCACCUCGCCUCCCAUCACCUCCACACCCACCUCUCCUCCCAUCACCUCCACACCCACCUCUCCUCCCAACACCUCCACACCCACCUCUCCUCCCAUCACCUCCACACCCACCUCUCUUCCCAUCACCUCCACACCCACCUCUCUUCCCAUCACCUCCACACCCACCUCUCUUCCCAUCACCUCCACACCCAGCUCUGCUCCCAUCUCCUCCACACCCACCUCUCUUCCCAUCACCUCCACACCCACCUCUCUUCCCAUCACCUCCACAGCCACCUCUCUUCCCAUCACCUCCAUAGCCACCUUUCCUCCAAAGAACUCCACACCCACCUCUCCUCCCAUCACCUCCACAGCCACCUCUCCUCCCAACACCUCCACACCCACCUCUCCUCCCAUCACCUCCACACCCACCUCUCUUCCCAUCUCUUCCAAACCCACCUCUCUUCCCAUCACCUCCACACCCACCUCUCCUGCCAUCACCUCUACUCCCACCUCUCCUCCCAUCCCCUCCACACCCACCUCUCUUCCCAUCACCUCCACACCCAGCUCUCCUCCCAUCACCUCCACACCCACCUCUCUUCCCAUCACCUCCACACCCAGCUCUCCUCCCAUCACCUCCACACCCACCUCUCCUCCCAUCACCUCCACACCCACCUCUCCUCCCAUCACCUCCACACCCACCUCUCCUCCCAUCACCUCCACAGCCACUUCUCCUCCCAUCAUCUCCACACCAACCUCUCUUCCCAUCACCUCCACACCUACCUCUCCUCCCAUCACCUCUCCUCCCAUCACCUCCACACCCACUUCUCUUCCCAUCACCUCCACAGCCACCUCUCCUCCCAUCACCUCCACAGCCACAUCUCCUCCCAUCUCCUCCACACCCACCUCUCCUCCCAUCUCCUCCACACCCACCUCUCUUCCCAUCACUUCCACACCCACCUCUCCUCCCAUCACCUCCACACCCACCUCUCUUCCCAUUGCCUCCAUAGCCACCUCUCCUCCAAAGACCUCCACACCCACCUCUUCUCCCUUAACCUCCACACCCACCUCUCCUCCAAAGACCUCCACACCCACCUCUCUUCCCAUCUCCUCCACACCUACCUCUCCUCCCAUCACCUCCACACCCAGCUCUCCUCCCAUCUCCUCCACACCCACCUCUCCUCCCAUCACUUCCACACCCACCUCUCCUCCCAUCACCUCCACACCCACCUCUCCUCCCAAGACCUCCACACCCACCUCUUCUCCCUUAACCUCCACACCCACUUUUCCUCCCAUCACCUCCACACCCACCUCUCCUCCCAAGACCUCCACACCCACCUCUCUUCCCAUAACCUCCACACCCUCCUCUCCUCCCAUCACCUCCACACCCACCUCUCUUCCCAUCACCUCCACACCCACCUCUCCUCCCAUCACUUCCACACCCACCUCUCCUCCCAACACCUCCACACCCACCUCUUCUCCCAUCACCUCCACACCCACCUCUCUUCCCAUCACCUCCACACCCACCUCUCCUCCCAUCACCUCCACACCCCCCUCUUCUCCCAUCACCUCCACACCCACCUCUCUUCCCAUUACCUCCAUAGCCACCUCUCCUCCAAAGACCUCCACACCCACCUCUUCUCCCUUAACCUCCACACCCACCUCUCCUCCAAAGACCUUCACACCCACCUCUCUUCCCAUCUCCUCCACACCUACCUCUCCUCCCAUCACCUCCACACCCAGCUCUCCUCCCAUCACCUCCACACCCAGCUCUCCUCCCAUCUCCUCCACACCCACCUCUCCUCCCAUCACUUCCACACCCACCUCUCCUCCCAUCACCUCCACACCCAGCUCUCCUCCCAUCUCCUCCACACCCACCUCUCCUCCCAUCACCUCCACACCCACCUCUCCUCCCAACACCUCCACACCCACCUCUUCUCCCUUAACCUCCACACCCACCUUUCCUCCCAUCACCUCCACACCCACCUCUCCUCCCAAGACCUCCACACCCACCUCUCCUCCCAUAACCUCCACACCCUCCUCUCCUCCCAUCACCUCCACACCCACCUCUCUUCCCAUCACCUCCACACCCACCUCUCCUCCCAUCACUUCCACACCCACCUCUCCUCCCAUCACCUCCACACCCACUUCUCUUCCCAUCACCUCCACACCCACCUCUCCUCUCAUCUCCUCCACACCUACCUCUCCUCCCAUCACCUCCACACCCACCUCUCCUCCAAAGACCUCCACACCCACCUCUCUUCCCAUCUCCUCCACACCUACCUCUCUUCCCAUCACCUCCACACCCAGCUCUCCUCCCAUCUCCUCCACACCCACCUCUCUUCCUAUCACCUCCACAGCCACCUUUCCUCCAAAGACCUCCACACCCACCUCUCUUCCCAUCACCUCCACACCCACCUUUCCUCCAAAGACCUCCACACCCACCUCUCUUCUCAUCACCUCCACACCCACCUCUCCUCCCAUCACCUCCACACCCACCUCUCUUCCCAUCACCUCCACACCCACCUCUCUUCCCAUCUCUUCCACACCUACCUCUCUUCCCAUCACCUCCACACCCACCUCUCUUCCCAUCACUUCCACACCCACCUCUCCUCCCAUCACCUCCACACCCACCUCUCCUUCCAUCAUUUCCACACCCAUCUCUCCUCCCAUCACCUCCACACCCACCUCUCCUCCCAUCACCUCCACACCCACCUCUCCUCCCAUCACCUCCACACCCACCUCUCCUCCCAUCACCUCCACAGCCACUUCUCCUCCCAUCAUCUCCACACCAACCUCUCUUCCCAUCACCUCCACACCUACCUCUCCUCCCAUCACCUCUCCUCCCAUCACCUCCACACCCACUUCUCUUCCCAUCACCUCCACAGCCACCUCUCCUCCCAUCACCUCCACAGCCACAUCUCCUCCCAUCUCCUCCACACCCACCUCUCCUCCCAUCUCCUCCACACCCACCUCUCUUCCCAUCACUUCCACACCCACCUCUCCUCCCAUCACCUCCACACCCACCUCUCUUCCCAUUGCCUCCAUAGCCACCUCUCCUCCAAAGACCUCCACACCCACCUCUUCUCCCUUAACCUCCACACCCACCUCUCCUCCAAAGACCUCCACACCCACCUCUCUUCCCAUCUCCUCCACACCUACCUCUCCUCCCAUCACCUCCACACCCAGCUCUCCUCCCAUCUCCUCCACACCCACCUCUCCUCCCAUCACUUCCACACCCACCUCUCCUCCCAUCACCUCCACACCCACCUCUCCUCCCAAGACCUCCACACCCACCUCUCCUCCCAUCACCUCCACACCCACCUCUCCUCCCAACACCUCCACACCCACCUCUUCUCCCUUAACCUCCACACCCACUUUUCCUCCCAUCACCUCCACACCCACCUCUCCUCCCAAGACCUCCACACCCACCUCUCUUCCCAUAACCUCCACACCCUCCUCUCCUCCCAUCACCUCCACACCCACCUCUCUUCCCAUCACCUCCACACCCACCUCUCCUCCCAUCACUUCCACACCCACCUCUCCUCCCAACACCUCCACACCCACCUCUUCUCCCAUCACCUCCACACCCACCUCUCUUCCCAUCACCUCCACACCCACCUCUCCUCCCAUCACCUCCACACCCCCCUCUUCUCCCAUCACCUCCACACCCACCUCUCUUCCCAUUACCUCCAUAGCCACCUCUCCUCCAAAGACCUCCACACCCACCUCUUCUCCCUUAACCUCCACACCCACCUCUCCUCCAAAGACCUUCACACCCACCUCUCUUCCCAUCUCCUCCACACCUACCUCUCCUCCCAUCACCUCCACACCCAGCUCUCCUCCCAUCACCUCCACACCCAGCUCUCCUCCCAUCUCCUCCACACCCACCUCUCCUCCCAUCACUUCCACACCCACCUCUCCUCCCAUCACCUCCACACCCAGCUCUCCUCCCAUCUCCUCCACACCCACCUCUCCUCCCAUCACCUCCACACCCACCUCUCCUCCCAACACCUCCACACCCACCUCUUCUCCCUUAACCUCCACACCCACCUUUCCUCCCAUCACCUCCACACCCACAUCUCCUCCCAAGACCUCCACACCCACCUCUCCUCCCAUAACCUCCACACCCUCCUCUCCUCCCAUCACCUCCACACCCACCUCUCUUCCCAUCACCUCCACACCCACCUCUCCUCCCAUCACUUCCACACCCACCUCUCCUCCCAUCACCUCCACACCCACUUCUCUUCCCAUCACCUCCACACCCACCUCUCCUCUCAUCUCCUCCACACCUACCUCUCCUCCCAUCACCUCCACACCCACCUCUCCUCCAAAGACCUCCACACCCACCUCUCUUCCCAUCUCCUCCACACCUACCUCUCUUCCCAUCACCUCCACACCCAGCUCUCCUCCCAUCUCCUCCACACCCACCUCUCUUCCUAUCACCUCCACAGCCACCUUUCCUCCAAAGACCUCCACACCCACCUCUCUUCCCAUCACCUCCACACCCACCUUUCCUCCAAAGACCUCCACACCCACCUCUCUUCUCAUCACCUCCACACCCACCUCUCCUCCCAUCACCUCCACACCCACCUCUCUUCCCAUCACCUCCACACCCACCUCUCUUCCCAUCUCUUCCACACCUACCUCUCUUCCCAUCACCUCCACACCCACCUCUCUUCCCAUCACUUCCACACCCACCUCUCCUCCCAUCACCUCCACACCCACCUCUCCUUCCAUCAUUUCCACACCCAUCUCUCCUCCCAUCACCUCCACACCCACCACCCCUUCAGAAGUGGAGGGCGAGUUACGUCUGGCUGAGGGCUACAGUACCUGCUCUGGCAGAGUGGAGAUCUACCACCAGGGCCAGUGGGGGACGGUGUGUGACGACAUCUGGAGUCUGAGCCAUGCCCGGGUGGUGUGCAGACAGCUGGGCUGUGGCUAUGCCCUGUCUACCCUCACCAGUGCUAGAUUCUCCCUGGGCAGUGGGCCCAUCUGGCUGGACGAUGUCAGGUGUUCGGGGUUAGAGUCGUCCCUGACAAACUGCAGCCAUCUGCCCUUCGGCGCACACAACUGUGGUCAUGGAGACGAUGCAGGGGUGCUUUGCGAGGAGAACGACCUGGACGUGACCAUCAGACCUUACCUGGUGCUGUCAGGCAGGGGUCCCAAUGCCAGGGCCUCCAUGUCCCUGUUCCCCAACUCCAGCUACACAGCUCCUUACCCAGCAGGCCCGGUCACUCUGCCCCUGGGCUCCGUCCUGCAUGUGGGCGUGUCUGUUGAAGAGACCGAGAUUGGACGCUUUGUGGUCGUUCUGGAGGACUGCUACGCCACCCACUCCCCUGAUCCUAAUGACCUCCUGAAAUACCUCCUCAUCCAGCACAAGUGUCCUACCGACCGUCACCAGGUGACCGUGGAGGAGAGUGGCUUGUCCCUCCAGGCUCGCUUCUCUGCGCUGCUGUUCCUGUUCCAGGGGGACUACAGGGACGUCUACCUGCACUGCAGCCUCAACCUGUGUGACCAGAGGAGCUCCUCCUGCUCUCCUGUGUGCUCUAGAAGGACGGCCCGCUCUGUCUCUGAGUCCCUCAAGCCCCUGACCAUCGGACCAAUCACCUGGACCAGAGUCUAGAGUGGGCUGAUGAUGUCACUCCUCCCUCAGAACUGAUUUCUGGAAAAACAACAUGUAGCCAUAAUCAUGGUGACCACGACAUAAUCUCUACUGUCUAAUGUAAACUGGAAUGUUUCACUGUGUAACCUUUGGAAGAUUUCUGUAUUAUCCUGCAACCUGAUGAAAAUGUACUUGUAUCACUGCACUGCCAUCUUAGAAAAUAUUCCUAAGGUUUAAAUGUUUUUUCGGGUUCCUGACACGUGACUUGUAAUUUAAUAAACGGAACUUGUCUGAUA